UAUUGUUGAGAAAGUCAUAAAAUUAGUUUCAAUAAUAAUUUAUUUUGGUUAAAUUACAUGUUUUUAGGUCCACCAGGAUGGGCGACGAAAUAAAGAGUAGCGCAUCGAAGGAGAAGUUCAAUCCGGAGGAUCUGGCCAUCGUCACAAAAAUUCUAUCCAAGCUGAGCGUUCCCGAGCAGUUGGCUUUGUGUAAGGAUUUCAAACGAUUGCCCGACGCUUGCACUGCGGUUUGGAGACAGUCCUACAGACGACUGGACUUCCAGAAUGCCAAGAAGGAGCUUACGGGUCCGAACUUGGAAUACUUUCUGCAGACAAUGCAGGGCUACUUCCGUCAUGUGUACUUCACUUGCGAGCAUCUGCAGCAGGAGCUGAAUCUCCUGGAGCGUGCGGGCAUCAAGCAAAUGGUGGGCGUCGAACAGUGCGAGGUCCGGUAUGCGCCGGCCGGUAUGGCUUCGGCAGACUUGAGCAAGAAGCCACCACCACAAUGGCCACUCCAAGCCCUGCCCCGACUGAUGCGCAACCUGCGUCGCCUGAAGGUGCAUUGUCCCGUCGAGGUGGGCUUCAUCGAGCAGUUCGCACAGCUGGAGUACUUGAGUCUGUAUGGGGAGGUCGCGCAGCAGGCUCUGACAGCCAUCAUUGCAGGAUGCCUGCAGCUGAAGCGUUUGCACCUGCCACGCUCCGCCGAGUCCCUGCAGGUCACAGGCAUACGCAAAUGUAAAUGUUUGAGGGAUCUGGCACUGCCCGUGGCCGUCUUCAACAAGGGGAAUGUGGAGAUACAGACGCUGGAGCAGCUCAAGUUUCUGGAGUUGCGACAAACAUCCGACUUGGAGGCGACCCUCACUGCCAUGUGCACGGUCAUCCGGCAGCGGGCGAGCCAGAUUGAGGUUAUACAAGUGAAUUGCCGUUACUUUGGGGGUCCCCACUGGAUGCGCCAAUUGGAAAUGCAUCGCUGUCGUCGUCUAAACGGCCUCGUCUUCGUCGACUGUAAGUUUGCGGAUGUCAAUAUGGUUACGUUGGGUAUGCCGCGUGUGAAGAAGUAUGCAGUGUUUUGUCAGUGCGAUGACUUGAAGGACUAUCAGCUGCUGGACUUCGUGAAGCGUUGCCCAGCACUGGCCGAGCUCUACCUCAUCGGGUGUCCCGCCCUAACCUGUCGCGUGCUCAACGAUUUGUACAAAGUGCGUCACAGUGAGAAGUUGGAGCGUCUACUGAAGGUCAGCAUGUCGGGUUGCGACGGCGUUUGGAAUGAAUAUGAGAAGAAUUAUGACGAAUAUUGGUUCUCAAAGUUGGCCGUGAUCCGAGUGGAGCGUUUGAAGCAGGAGGAUCGUAAUAUAACGGACGUGCAAUUCUUUUUCUAUAAGCCGGAAGAUGUGCAGUUUGCUGCGAAUUGAAUUGGAGUACAUACUUGUAUGCAUAAAUAUUCACAUCACUAGUGUAGUACUACUUACCAUAAUUAUGACGUCAAAUGCUUGACAACCUGCUGCUUUGAUGCCGCUAACGAGG